UCUCCUUCUCCCUCCCUCCCUCCCUCUCUCUCUCUGCUACAGGUGUGAGGAGACCUACACCGGCCAUUCACACGCGCCUGUCCCUCCUAGCCAUUCCCAUUUCAUAGCAUUGAUAAUAUCAUAAUACUGACCUGACAUCAUCUAGAGCAUUACUUACAUGUGCACUAACACACCAACUUCUGCUGUGUCCUAAGACUCGUGGGCCCAGUCAUCAUCACCUGAAUAGAUGCUGUGUACAUUUUCAUGAAGUGACAUUCAAGGAAAGGCAGGAUGAAUUUUGACGAAGUCCUGGACCGGAUUGGAGGGUUUGGACGCUUCCAGAAGACGCUUUAUGUGUGGAUCUCCCUGCCACAGAUCUUCUUGGCCUUCCACAUGUUGGUGUCUGUCUUCACUGGGGCCGUGCCCCCUCACCUGUGCAGAUCCACCUGGCCACUGGGCGACGGUGGUGGCCCUAGGCUGGGCUUCAACUUCAGCAUUGCUCCUGGGGAGUCCUGCACAUCCGUUCAGGAUGGCCUUCUGUCCCAGCUUAAUCACAGUCUACCAAUUACUGAGCAUUCGUCAAUUUCAAACGGCUGCAUGGCAGGAUGGGAAUUCAGCAAGGAAGUCUUUCUCAGUACUGUUGUCACAGAGUGGGACCUUGUGUGUGAAAAUGCCAAUUUGAACAACAUUGGAUCUUCUAUCUAUAUGUUUGGGCUGCUGGUUGGAGCUGUUCUGUUUGGCACCCUCUCUGAUAAGUAUGGCCGCAGAAUGAUCAUAUUGAUUGGUUUAGCAGUACAGGCCAUCUUUGGAGUGGGGGUUGCUUUCGCCCCAAAUUUCUACAUAUAUGUCCUGCUUCGCUUCGUGGUGGGCAUGACGAUUUCCGCAGUAAUCAUGAAUGCAUUUGUGUUGGGCACUGAGUGGACGGGCCCAAAAAAGCGCAUGUUGGCAGGUGUCAUCACAGACUACUUCUUUGGUUUUGGCUACAUUCUGCUUGCAGGUGUGGCCUACCUCAUCCGAGACUGGCGAAAGCUGCAGUUGGCCAUAUCUGCCCCAGGCUUCCUCUUCCUGUUCUACAUCUGGGUGCUUCCUAAGUCUGCCCGUUGGUUAAUGGCCAGUAACAAGCAUGAAGAGGCACAGGAUCUGAUUCGUAAGGCAGCACUUAUUAAUGGCAAACCUUUGGUAGACGAUGACAUUGAGCUCUGUCAGAGCCCUAAAAACUCGGAGAAAGUGCAAGACCUGAGGAAGUACACUGUCAUCGAUUUGGUCCGAACGCCCAGAAUGAGGAAACAGUCCCUGAUUCUCUUCUACUUGUGGUUUGUGAAUGUCCUGGUGUACUAUGGGCUGUCUCUGAAUAUUUCAGACUUUGGUAUGAAUAUCUACCUGACGCAGAUUAUCUUUGGCUUGGUGGAGAUGCCCGCACGAACCAUUACUCUCUUCACCCUAAACCGCUCACGCAGGAUGUCCCAGUUAGCAUUCUUGGCAGUAGGUGGCCUGGCCUGCCUUCUUACCAUAUUCAUUCCAGAUGAUCUGUCUAUUGUUCGCACUAUACUUGCCAUGGUGGGCAAGUUUGGCAUCACCGCCUCGCUGUCCAUUGUGUACAUUUACUCCGCAGAGGUCUUCCCAACAGUCAUCAGCACUACGGCUGAGAAGUCACAACACGCUUUGUAUGAAGAGUGUCCCAAACAGAACCCCGACGGCUUCCUCUGAACUCUGAGCCUACAGUAGACUGUCUCCAAAGAACCACUUCAGAAUGAGAGACUUUUCAAUGUGUCAUUUCCAACAAUUCUUUCCAGGAGUACUUGAACAUAAAGUGCACUCUUAGAAAAAAAGGUGUAAUGCUAAAGCGUACAUCUUUGUACCUUAUUUACCUCUUAAUGGUACG